GAGAUGACGCAAGCAGCACCGGAAGCCGCUCCCCCGUGAGGCUGCGGACUCCGAGCAGCGGCCGGAGGUCCAGGCGCCAUGGCUGCGGAGCGGACCCGGCCGCUGCGAGGCUCUGGAGGCCCGAGCGCGCCUAGUCGGUGUGAGCCCGGCGCGAGGUCCCGGGCCCCGGGGCGCUCGCUCAGAUAUUUUUAAGAGAAACUUUGUGACAAGAUCAUAGGGUUGAAAUGGAUGUUAGUGGUCAUGUCUGUUCCAGUCUCAGUGCCACAAAAAGCCUUCCUGCCAGGUAAAUUUUUCCAUAACCUUAUGGAGAGAAAGGACUUUGAGACAUGGCUUGAUAACAUUUCUGUUACAUUUCUUUCUCUGACGGACUUGCAGAAAAAUGAAACUCUGGAUCACCUGAUUAGUCUGAGUGGGGCAGUCCAGCUCAGGCAUCUCUCCAAUAACCUGGAGACUCUCCUCAAGCGGGACUUCCUCAAACUCCUGCCCCUGGAGCUCAGUUUUUAUUUGUUAAAAUGGCUCGAUCCUCAGACUUUACUCACAUGCUGCCUCGUCUCUAAACAGUGGAAUAAGGUGAUAAGUGCCUGUACAGAGGUGUGGCAGACUGCAUGUAAAAAUUUGGGCUGGCAGAUAGAUGAUUCUGUUCAGGACGCUUUGCACUGGAAGAAGGUUUAUUUGAAGGCUAUUUUGAGAAUGAAGCAACUGGAGGACCAUGAAGCCUUUGAGACCUCAUCAUUAAUUGGACACAGUGCCAGAGUGUAUGCACUUUACUACAAAGAUGGACUUCUCUGUACAGGGUCAGAUGACUUGUCUGCAAAGCUGUGGGAUGUGAGCACAGGGCAGUGCGUUUACGGCAUCCAGACCCACACUUGUGCAGCGGUGAAGUUUGAUGAGCAGAAGCUUGUGACAGGCUCCUUUGACAACACUGUGGCCUGCUGGGAAUGGAGUUCCGGAGCCAGGACCCAGCACUUCCGGGGGCACACAGGGGCGGUGUUUAGCGUGGACUACAAUGAUGAACUGGAUAUUUUGGUGAGUGGCUCUGCAGACUUCACUGUGAAAGUAUGGGCUUUAUCUGCUGGGACAUGCCUGAACACACUCACCGGGCAUACAGAAUGGGUCACCAAGGUGGUUUUGCAGAAGUGCAAAGUCAAGUCUCUCUUGCAUAGUCCCGGAGACUAUAUCCUCUUAAGUGCAGACAAGUAUGAAAUCAAGAUCUGGCCAAUUGGAAGAGAAAUCAACUGUAAGUGCUUAAAGACAUUGUCUGUCUCUGAGGAUAGAAGUAUCUGCUUGCAGCCAAGACUUCAUUUUGACGGCAAAUACAUUGUCUGUAGUUCAGCACUGGGUCUCUACCAGUGGGACUUUGCCAGUUAUGAUAUUCUCAGGGUCAUCAAGACUCCUGAAAUAGCAAACUUGGCCUUGCUUGGCUUUGGAGAUAUCUUUGCCCUGCUGUUUGACAACCGUUAUCUGUACAUCAUGGACUUGCGGACAGAGAGCCUGAUUAGCCGCUGGCCUCUGCCAGAGUACAGGAAAUCAAAGAGAGGCUCAAGCUUCCUGGCAGGCGAAGCAUCCUGGCUGAAUGGAUUGGAUGGGCACAAUGACACAGGCUUGGUCUUUGCCACCAGCAUGCCUGACCACAGUAUUCACCUGGUGUUGUGGAAGGAGCACGGCUGAUGCCAUAAGCCACCACCGCUGAUUAACUUUGGGUGCCAGGGCUGCGGGUUUUGGGUGCAACCUCUGUGGCAGCCAACUGCAUGAACCAAAGUUCUCACCUAAUGGUAUCAUCACGCAGUGAACAAUCAUUUAUCUAUGUUUGCCAGGGGCCAGGGCUCGGGGCGGGGGAGGGCUUGUUUUCUUGGCAUACAAUGCAGCAUGCUAAUGGGGUACACCAUUGACUUCAUUUGUACUUAGUUAUGUUGGUCUGUAUAAGAGGAUGCAUUUUGGGUUCAUCUUUCUUGAAUGGAAUAUUGGUUUUAAGUAAAGAAAGUUAAAUGAUU